GAGUAUUUGCGGCCUAUAGUUAGAGGUAGAACAGAUCACGUGAUCAAUGCGACCGCUCUGUGUGUCACAGCUCCAUGUGUUCGACCUGAAGCACAUGAAUGUUCCGGGUUUCGGGCUUGUGUGUGAAUGGAUAUGACCUUAACAUCAGAAGUUAGCAACAGUUACAGCCACAUAUUUCAGUCAUGUUUUUUUAAAUGACUGUUUUAAAUAUUAAACGCAGAAUACCGCGUCGUCUCUGUGUUGGGUUCACGAGCACCUCGUUAAUGAGACACUUGGAAUAACCAUGCAACAGUGCACACGUUAUCUCAUCUUUUUUCAAUACAUUGGGACAAAGUAUAGUGGUGCAGUCAGAGUUCCUCCUCAACAGCUGCCGGCAAAAGGGAUACAGAAUUACUUAGAGGAUGCAGUAAGGAAGCUGAGACCCCUCAACCCUGUGUCUCUGUCUGUCUCUAGCAGGACUGACACUGGGGUCCACGCCCUUUCUAACUCCGCCCACUUUGACCUGCAGCGCAAAAAAGACCAGCCACCAUUUACUGAAGACAUUCUCGUGAAGGCCUUAAAUUAUCAUCUUGGGACAGAGGAAAUAAGGGUUACCCAUGCCCACCGUGUCCCUGAUAACUUCCAUGCUCGAUACUGUGCCAGGUCACGAACCUACGUCUAUCGCAUCGCCCCAGGAAUCUCCCAUCCCACAAUGCUUCCCCUCACAGAGCACAAUCUGUGCUGGGGCUUCUGCAACACGGAACUGGACAUAGGAGCCAUGCAUGAGGCUGCCGCCCUGCUGGUUGGGACCCACGACUUCAGCACUUUCAGAGCAGUCAGCUCUGACUUGCCUUUUAAGAACCCUGUCAAGACACUGGAGGUGGCCGACAUACGGCCAGGAGCCUCCUUCUGUCUCUCACAUUUCCACAGGACUAUUCCAUUCUGGGAACUGACAUUUCGCAGCAAAUCUUUUCUCUACAGACAGGUGCGGCGGAUGACCGGGGCCCUGGUGGCCGUGGGUCAGGGUCGGCUCUCAGUGUCACAGCUGAAGGAUCUUCUGGAAGCUCAGGAUUCUAAUGCCUAUCCACAGGGUUUGACUGCUCCUCCUCAGGGCCUCUUCCUCACCAGGGUGGACUACAUGGACUCAGAUCUUCAGCUGUCGGAGGAGAGGCAUCAGACCACUGAAAACUCAGAGGAUUAAUUUAUUUCAUCACGUAUUCAAUGUAUACUUGUUAUUUUAAUAAAGUUUUUGUAUUUUUAAGAAUCAUCUCCUAAUUCAAAACAAAGUGCAGCAGGUCUCAAAUAAGUGCUUUGGCGACACCUAAUGGAAAUAGGAAACGACUUUCAUACAAAUCUCAGACGACAUAUGGACAUCUAUGUUCUUUUAUUUCAACAUGUUAAAGACAUAACUGUCCAUGAAUGCAGCUCAGCUACAGAAUACCACACACUUUCGACCCAUCAUUGUCUACACUUGACCUUUGGGUUACACAGACAACUUGUCUUAGCCUGGUUAGGCACUAUCACUGUGUAUAUAUACACAUACGUAUGUGAACUGGGUUUGUAGGCUGUCACAAAUAUCAGAGUAUACAAGGAGAGUGAAGUGUUAAGUUCUAUAGCCAAAACUGCUUGGAGUCCAUGUUCGCUUGUUUGUACAAUGACAGUGAAGAAAGUCAGUGCAAACACACACACACAUUCACUGAGUACGUUUUCAUCCAAAUGUCUCCUCACGUCUUCAGAUACCAAAUUUGUGAAGUCCAUAAACAGUCCAUUGAAAUCUGACCACCGCCAGUCGCAUUCUGUGCCAGAGGAAGCCAGAUGAGGUUUGUAGAAGGUUCAGACUGACCAAUCACUGCCCUUGCUGUUCCAGCGCUGUGACCAAGACAGCAGACGUCACAACAUUUUUCAUUAAUUUCGUCCAGGCAACUAAAGUUGACUGAUUUAUUUGAGAAGUGCUGCGUCUGUCAGAAAAAAAAAAA